CUCACAUUCGGUGUAAAUGUGUUCAGAUUUCUAGGUUUUUCAGUCGCUCUAAGUUGACUUGGCGGCAAGAGAGAUCGUAAAACAAAGAACUCUGUAUCGGUAGAUUUUAAGCUACUACAAGUGCGAAUCAAGAAAAAAGCACUAUGGAAAUUGGGGAAACAAAUGUGGUUUGCCUCUCAUCUGUGGUCGUAAGUGAAAAUGCUACGGAAGAUUUGGGCAACAGGCACCAGAAACCGGCCAGUAUCGCAGAGGCAGAUUCCUCUGAUCCUGUUGAUUCCUCUGUCGCGAGGUGCUUUCUGAAAUGGCGCAAGUACGUCGUUCUCAUGCUUACACCAAUAGUGUUGGCACCUUUGCCCAUAGCAAUUCCAACAUUGGAAGCCCGUUGUGCCUACUGUAUCCUGAUCAUGGCAGUGUACUGGGUAACAGAAGCUGUGGAGUUGGCCGUCACAGCUCUUCUCCCAUUGGUUCUUUUCCCAUUAUUUGGGGUCCUGGGCUCUAAACAAGUCUCCACUCCUUACUUCAAGGACACUAAUGUUUUGUUUUUUGGCGGCCUGAUCGUAGCCGUGGCUGUUGAACAAUGGAACUUGCACAAGCGGAUCGCUCUUCGAGUUCUCUUGCUGGUCGGAGCUCAACCACGACGUUUGAUGCUGGGAUUCAUGUUGACGACAGCGUUUCUGUCCAUGUGGAUCAGCAACACAGCUACUACUGCCAUGAUGGUGCCGAUUGUGGAGGCAGUGCUAGGACAAAUAAAGAACGAGAGCAUCAAAAACCAGCUGGAUAGGAAAGGAACUGAUAACAGCCAAGCAAACGAGCCUAGCGACGAUACCCUACAGCAUGUUUCUUUUCAACUCGGUGACAUGAGUGUGGACAAUGCCAACGAGAUUGAUGAAAAGAAAGACGUCACGUUCCAGGAAGGUGGUGAUAUCGCGAAAGGAAAAGACCCCAUCGACGGAGGAAUCAACUACAAAAAGGAUGAAAGAAUGUCCUCUGUAGCUUUACUGCGAGGGGAUGAAGAUAAUAAAGCAGCCGAAGACCAGUAUUACAACAGACUCUGCAAGGCCAUGAUGUUAGCUGUGGCUUACGCUGCAAACAUUGGCGGAACAGCAACCCUGACGGGAACUGCGCCCAAUCUGGUGUUCAGUGGACAGGUCAAUAGCCUGUAUCCUGACAGUCCAGGAUUCAGCUUUGCCUCUUGGUUUGGUUACGCUUUUCCUCAAAUGUUGAUUCUUCUGUUUGUGGCCUGGAUCUGGAUUCAGAUUAUGCUUCUCAAAUUUAACAUCCGUGAAUGUUGUCACGUGUGCUUCUGCUGCUGUUUCCGUAAGUCAGAAAGAUCACAAGGGAGGAGCAGUGAAUCUGCUAAGGCCAUCAAGCAGGUUUUGGCGAAACAAUACAGAUCACUUGGGCCAAUGUCGUUUGCCGAGAAAGCUGUGCUUGGUCACUUCAUCUUCUUAGGUUUACUGUGGCUGUUUCGUGAUCCAAAAUUUAUGAAAGGAUGGGCCAUUAUAUUCAAGAAAGAUUACGUCCGUGACGCCACUGCAGCCAUUUUUAUCUCUUUCUCUUUGUUCGUGUUUCCCUCUCAGAGGCCAGUGUUUUUUGCUUCUGACCGAUCAGUCGACAAGCCGCCACCCGGCCUCCUAAAUUUCAGGGAAAUGUCGAGGAAGUUUCCCUGGAAUGUCGUCAUCUUGCUUGGCAGCGGGUUCGCCUUGGCAGACGCUUGUAAGGUGUCUGGUCUGUCCAAGUGGGUUGGUUCCCAGCUGGCCCAUCUCGACACCAUCCCAGACUAUGGAAUCGUUAUUAUCGUGUGUGUCAUGAUCACCACAUUCACAGAAGUUACCUCCAACACUGCAACAGCGACCAUCUUUCUUCCUAUAUUGGCCUCGUUGGGAGAAGAAAUUGGUGUUCAUCCGUGGUACCUCAUGCUUCCUGCUGCCAUAUCGUGCUCGUUCGCUUUCAUGUUGCCUGUUGCCACACCUCCAAAUGCCAUUGUAUUUUCAGGCGGACAUCUUAAAGUAAAGGAUAUGGCAAAAGUUGGAUUUGGUAUGAACAUCCUCGCUGUCACAGUACUGGUAAUUUGCAUUCAUGUCUACGGAGUUCCAAUGUUUGAUCUGAGCACUUUUCCAAGCUGGGCUGGUCAUAAAGGUGCAGCGAGUACCACUGGAACACCGACCGUUGGUUACAACUUGACUGCUUUGUGCCAAAACUUCACUUCUUUCUAAGAUAACGGCUCGCUGGUAAUUUGUAAAAACUAUACAAGAAUAAAUGAACAGGAGAUUUGCCCUUAAACACUCAUUCUCGUUCCCAGAAUCUUCGUUUGUUUUGGUCACAUACGAAAACGAGUCGCUCCGGGUACGAGAAGGGUAAACACUGGUAAUUAAUUUCCUUAUUAUGGGGGUCUUUCCGUGAAUUAUUUUUGUUCUUUUUAUCAUAAUUUUAUUUAAAAUAAUUGACUCAACAGAAGAGGCUCUGAGUUAAGUCCCCCAGCUUCCAGAAUUGCUUGUUGGUUUGUUGUUUAAGCCAUCUUCAAUUUAGCCGAACCUUUUAUCUGAACAUUUAUUUUUGUGAACACUGUCAAGAGGGUCGAAAGCUAAUACUGACUUCUCAAACUUUCCAAGAAUGAUAAAUAUGUAGUUAUAAAUUAAAUCAGUCCUAUGCCUAUAAAUUUGACCUCAACUACCAAAAAAGCAUGGCUUAAGCAAAGAAGCCCUAUUGUUAUCUUUUCCGUUAUAUUUUGUAUUAAAAUUUUCAUUUUUUUUAUCAAUUGAAUGAUAAUGUUCGAUCAUUUACCAAACCCUAGGAAGGCCCCCCUUAUAAACCAUGGGGUGAUGCAGACGAUUAAACAUCUAUGUUUCUUUCAUUUUUAUAAAUAAUUUUUAAGUGUUCUACACCUUUUUCAACGGAAGGAUGUAUAAUUUUCUUGUUUUUUGUGAUAUUUUGGCGCUAUCGGUAUCACAGCUGUUCUUGGAUCUGGAUAUAUUAAGUCGUUUCCGCACGUGCGACAAAUGACUAAUAACCUUUUACUCAUCGAUUUUAAUCUAAUGGUCCCAAUACCUUGAUUGUUUAUAGAAAUGUCAACUAAAAUGACUGAAGUAUUUCCAAAGAGGUUAUGCUUUCACCUUUGGUCUAAAUUGCUCUUAGAUAAUUAUUUUUGAAACAUGUACGCAAGUGAACAAUCAGUCUUGAAAUGUAAAUAAAUGAUUUUUUCAAAAUGGAAAAGCCUUUGCAGGACAACGCUGCAGUCGCUUCUGUUAAAUGUAAUGCAUGAUUUGCAACGUAUAUCUUUAGAGCACUAUAUACAUACGUUUUAUGCGGUAGAUGUGAUAGUAAAGUAUUGUUUAAACCUCA